AUGGAUUUUGGUCAUUUCAUCGAUCUUUGUGGCAGAUCGCUCUUCGCAGAAGAGUAUCUUGGGGAUCUGGACGCUGCUUGGGAUUAUCUCCAGCAGACGCAACCUGACAUAUCCGAGGUGGAGCCUGCUGUCUACGCAGAGCACCUUCGUUGUUCGGCCAUACAUUCAGUACUUGCCGGUAGGCCAGCAGAUGCAUAUGAAAGCCUCGCGAUCUUGAAAGAUCUCCUCGAUAAAUUACCCAAAGAAUGGGGCCUACGAUAUGCCAACUAUAAGGUCUUAACCGACUACACCCGCCGCUUUCCCCCGCUACUUCACUUCUAUCAUGAGAAUGGGAAACCGGUCAACGUUUCCAUGCUCGGGAACACCAGCGUCCCUUUUGAAAUUCAAGAGAGCUUCAUGGACAACUUCAAGAAGUAUUUACCUCAUAGCCUGCCCCGUGACCAAAUAUUGUCUCUGGUUUUGAAUGCCGUUCUCGGAUAUCCAUCACGAGCAAGGAAUAUCACGACACUAUUGCACCCUCUCAGUCCCAUGCGCCAGGCGACCACCUCGGCCGAGGACAAACUCUCUAAAGUUGUGAAAGUUGCUCAGACUUUUCUUGAUUUUCGUGACAAGGCCGAUUCCUACGGAGUGACCAGGAUGGGUACAUACAUGUUCCGACUGGUCGCUGAGUUGCACCUCACAAGCCAGAGUCCUUCGUCAGAUGCCCUGUUGCGAGAACUAUACCAAAGAUCCAAAAGACUCGAAGAUCACGAGGAGAUGGCCAACGCCCAAUUGCUAGAGGCAGAUAACCUUAUAAGCCCUCCGUUUGCCAGCCCCGUCACGCUGAACCUGAUUAUUGUCGACGUCACCAGCUGCACGUUUAGCGAUGCCUUGUGGGACCCGGUUGAAUUGGAUCUUAAGUAUGAUUACGUUCCCAGAGUCAAAGAACUUUACGAUUCUGCCUUAGAGCUGUUUCGAGAAGCAAAUAACAAGCGCGGUCAGGCUGCCGUGCUACUGCGACAAGGCUGUUGUCUUCAUAAUAAGGCCCGUCAUGAACGGCCCUUGAACAAGCAGGUGCUCGGCCUACUCGCAGAGUCCGAGCUCAAAUUACAGAAAUCUCUCAAUUUUUUUGGGAGAGAUGAAGCGAACGCUCAACUGGUGAAGACACACCUGAUUCUGACAGGGAUCACGGGAGGAAAUCCGGGCAACAUAAAAGCGAUCGCGACGUCGAUCGGAGUUUGGGGCGUUGAGGCAAAAAACGAGACAAUGGCCCACUGCCUUGGAAUGAUCUUAUCCCGAUACGCGCAUCAAGAAUGGUACAAAUUUUCGAACUUGGACACUGCUUUGCUGGCAUGGGAGUGUGCAUACGAAGUAUUCAAGCGUCUCGGAGACAUGAUUCCGUUGUUCCAAUCCGUGGUCUGCCGAGCACACGUACAGAACGAAAUGUGGAAUGUCGAUGCAGCUCGAAUCUUCAUCGAGGAGGCGCUAUCUAUGGUCGAUGGAGUUGUUGAGCACUUUGACUCCAUCAUUCAAUCGGCGCCGGACACACCGUCGUUGCAGACGGACCGUAUCACCAUAUCGACGAGUAAAUUCCAAUUGUUGUCGACUUUCGGCAGUGAAGUGAACAACAUUUAUCUGCGGAGUGAGGAUAUACAGCGAUUCAAUGAAUGGAACAACAAACUGGCUUAUUGGAUUGAGCAUGAUGAGAGCUUCGUUGCAUUUCGCGAGAAACUGGAAACUGGCGACAUUCUGAGAUUUACUCACCCUAAUGCUCAUUUUUCCGAAAAAAAUGUGAAGGGCCUAUGGCGGAAAAGCUUAGCUUGGAAUGCAGCCAUGGUGAGAUACGCUUCUGCGGAUAACACCUUCCGCCGACUGAUGGAUGAAGGCGAUAUCCUGAAAGCAGAGACAAGCCUCCGCCGCUUUGUGGACGAGGUCGCGGAUCUGGAAAGGCAGUAUAGCAGAGAUCUCUAUCGUAUCCUGGCAUGUGAUCGCAUUGGCGAUACUGCCAAAGCCCGUGAGAUUUUUGACACUAUUGAUGAUAACGAAUUGUUCAACGAUAGACUGGAGGAAUUCCAGCAAGGAAUCGGUAUUCAAUCCGGAUUUUCUUUGAAUGCCCAGGUCGCAUUGAUCAUGGCUGUAUUUUCAGGGGACAAGCAACGAGCCCAGCGACUUGUCGAUAUGAUCAUAAAGAUCUGGCCUCCCUUCUUUGAAACGAUGACCGAGAGUGCAAUGGAUUACUCCCAACGACUCAGUUACUAUGCACAAAUCAUGAAAGAUCAAGAACCUGAGAUUUGCUUUGCAAAGCUACUCGAAGCUCGUCAAAUCCUUGAAACUUGUCGUAUCCAGACGAAAGAUUUGGAUGCUAGGAUUGGCAGUUCCGGUCAGGGGUGGUCUGUAGAGGUUUAUAUGAACCUCGCACGUCUUUGUUUGAGAUGGGAAAGCUCAGGGGUCCCCGUGAGUUUUAUAUCAGCAUACGAGCAUGGGCAUUUUGAUGAUAUUUCAUGGUCUGAACAUGCCCUACUGUUUAUUGAGAUGAGUAGAGCACGGGCUGUGCUCGAAUCUCUACAGUCUCAAGCCACCCACAUUCCUGGAAUGACUGGAGUCCCUGAUACUACACCACUCUCAGAAUCAGUCCAAAAAAGAAGACUCUUAAGGUCCCUGCUUUCUUUGAGGAAAUUGAGUUCAGAGCAGGAACAAGAGGUUUCGCAGCUGCGAAAGGAUAUCGAUGAAUUAGAACGAGACAGGAAUCUCUCCUAUGCGACGGAUUUCAUCGAGACCGCCAGUUCUACUAUCGAGCCGAAACUGUUAUAUCAAAGCAUCGAUGAGCAUUCCGUGGUAAUAGACGCUACUUUUACUCACCGUGGAUUCAUCUCAUUUGCAGUGACUCGGGACGGCAUACAACAGACGCAUCAAGGAACGACGACUGUCUUUGAUAUCCGGAGGCCCGUAAUGCAGGUAAUGCAGAUCAUGCACAAUAUGACCGGAUACAUUGGGGAAGAGGAGGAAGCACGCAAAAAUGCUCUCAACAAGCUGUCCCAGAUGAUCUCUGCAGUGCUGCUGGAACCCUUUGCAGACACAAUCAGAAGGAAAUCGCACGUCAUUUUUUCAGUGUCUGAUCCUAUGACAGCAUUCCCAUUUGCAAGCCUUGUAUUCGAUGAGAAGCCACUUAUCAUGCACGCCGGGGUCUCGCAAGUCCCCAGUCUGAGUGUGCUCCAUCACCUCUCCCGGAGAAGGUCGGCCUCGAUGACACCAACGGUAUCCGUUCUUGCCAAAUCACCCACUAAAGAAUCAUCCGAAAAUCCAACACGAAGUAACAAAGAGGCCAGCCUCCACAUGGCAGGAAUCGAAGCCAUCAAUAUAGCCCGCACAUUUGCAACGUGGCCUAUUGAGGCAUCUCACAUGACGCGAGAUGAAUUUCGAGAGUACGUCAAAGGCGGCUCGUUGAUCAUGCACGUCGGAACCCACGGAGAUGUCAACUACCGUAACCCUCUGCUUUCGUCGAUUUCAAUUGGCGAGGGUCAAGAAUUUCGCGUGAUUGACAUGUCUGCCAUCCGUAGCAGCGUCCAUCUUCUCGUGUUUGCGGCAUGUCUCAGCGGACUCGGAAAAGCGACUCUAAGUAAUGAAGUGCUUGGAUUCUCCCACGUGGUUCUGAGCACUGGCUGCCAAGCUUAUGUUGGGUCUCUCUGGAAAGUGAGCGACUUUGGUUCCAUGUUGAUUAUGACAUUGUUCUAUCGCCAUCUGAGAAGUAUGCCACAGCUUUCUGUUGCAGAGCUUAUGCGGAAGUCCCAAAUGGAGCUAUUGCAGCUUGAUGGAGAGAAGGCCGGUAUACUUUUGGAUGGGCUGCUAGAAAAUUGGUCUGAUACGGAAGUGGAGGGCCAACGUCCGGCUGAGUUUGUGCCUGAUGCGGAAUUUCUGCUUUCUACGAUGAAAAUGAUUAUCGACCAAUUGGAUUGGUCGAGUCCGUUUUACUGGGCUCCGUUUACUCUGGUCGGAUAUGGAGGUUUCCGGUUUGUCCAUGAGGAUUCCUAG